AUGUCGUCCCAACGUAACGCUUCGACCGGUAUUCAUGCACUUAAUGCUGUAAAUGAAGCUGCUUGCUUUGAUGACGUGCUUUCAAAGUAUUUUCGUAUCUCAAAUGCUGCUGGUAAACGUCAAAGAAACCAUGGAACACGUUACAUUUCGGCUAAGGAUGCUGAGGUUAGUCCGGCAACUUACUUGAAGCAACUGAAGCGGCUGUUACGCGAUGCUGCAACACAAUCGCAGUAUAUUCCAAAACUGUAUGCAAUGAUUUUAUACCAAUCAAAACGAGCCAUUAAAUCGCCUAUCAUUUUAUCCAGGGUACUGGACCUAUGUCGUGAAAUUUUCAAGCGGUCAGCAGUAUUUCGAGCACUUAUUGUGACACAAUCAGCAGCCUUUUUUGAUCAAUUGUUAAUUGCAGCAGGUGAAAAUCCAAGUGUCAAUGUUUCAAGAGCAUUGCGAGGUCGAAAUCGUGCUUUAAAACAAGUGAAAAUGGUGUUAAUGCUCAUUGAAACGUGGAAACAAGACUUUGGAGAGAGGUAUCCAUCACUUGUAGCAGGUUAUGCAGUAUUAGUGGAUAGGGGCUAUGAGUUUCCAAAUGAACAAGAGAGGUUGCAACAGGAGAGAAAACAAGAGGUAAAUGCUCGUCAAAACCGUCAACGUGUGAUCAGUGUGAAAAAACUGCAACGAGAUCGAGAAAUGAAGCAAUAUGUGGUGGAAAUGGAGCACGUGUUGGUAGAAAUGAAUCGUGCUUUUGAGAUUCUAGUGCCGACGAUGGAUACGUUUCUAGUGUCAGAUGAUCAAGAGGAGAGUGAAUUGACGCUUUCUGCGGCUGAUGAAAAUGCUAAUGCAGUAAGCAAAAAAGAGCACAGUGAGACAUUGAGAAAUGACGCAUAUGGUGACAUAGAUGGAAGCGAAAAACACGACGAGGAUGAUACUAGUACCAUUGAAUGGGAAAAAGUGGCUAUACCAUCAGCAGCAAGAGCAAAUGAAGAGGAGGAGGAUAUCGAGUGGGAAAAUGUACCGACAGAUAGCGGUGACACUCGUGAUAGCUCUCUAAGCUACAGUUGCGAUGUUGACGAUGUUGACAGCGAUCAAAUGGAUAUCAACGAUAUCGUACAGGCUUACGGUCUCGGCAGUUCGUCUUAUCACCUGACUGUCGAAGUGUCGAAGCAGGUUUGUGAGGAGUCUUCUGAAAACGACGCGCUGUUUCGAAGUUUGGCUGAUGGUACAUUGCGCAUGCGUAAACGAUUCUUACCGUUGUUGGACGAUUGGGAACAGCAUUCCACGACAGAUCCUGCUGCAUCAAGCCUUCUAACAGCGCCAUCCCAGCGCGAGGUGCUUCAGCAAAUCCGUGAUCUUCGUGAUCGAAUAACGCGUGUAUUGUUGAAAUGGGAAGAUCUUGCUCACGGGUCGAAAGUAUCCAAACAGUACGCCUCGACUCGAUCCGCAGUGGUUUCACUGCCUCUCGACGCGUACAAUCGUCCCACCAAGCAUCGACGUCACGGAAAUUAG